AUGUUCGGUAACUUGUUGCAGGUUUGGGCUGGCGCGAACGCUGUCCUGACCUCCAAUUCGACCUACUUCCAGCCCAACUCCACAGGUAUCCGCCUUCAAAACGGGUUUGAACGUGUCUUCAUUCAACCAUUUGGGAACCAUGGCAUGCGAGUUCGUGCAAGUCUCAUGAAAGAUCCUACAGGUCAAGAACUAUCGGCUCUUCUCGACCCUCCCCUUGAAGGACCCGGUGGUGGCCAGGGUCUUUCUCAUGACAUCGAACUCCCUUUUCAAGGUAACGCGACCAUUCGAAACGGCGACCUUAUAACAGAAGUCUCCAAUGGCUUCAUAUCAUUUUUCCGUGCCGAGUCCAACGGAAGCCGUACACUCUUAACUGCGGAAUAUAUGGAUACAAAGGCCCUUCAGCCAAGAUACUAUAUCCAAGAUUUUCGAGCGUCCAGCUUCGAGGCGCAAUUUUCAUUCACCUCUACCCCAGAGGAGCAGAUUUAUGGCACCGGGCAGCAAGCUUGCUGUGAUGAUAACUCAGUCAAUAAGAAAGGGCAGGUCGUGGAUCUCAUUAAUUACAACUCGCACGUUACUUUGCCCGUUUAUAUGUCAAACAAAGGUUACCUACACUUCUUCAACAUGCCUAGUCAAGGCCGAAUGGAGUUCAGUCCACUGCGGACUCGCUUCGUUGCGAGUGAAGCAAGCGUCGUCGAUUACUACAUUACAACAGCUACGCCAGGUGAUUAUGACGCUUUACAGCAGCAAUUCACCAGUGUCACGGGGCGCCAGCCUACGCCUCCGGACUUCCUCUUGGGAUACCAACAAUCUAAACUUCGUUACUUCAAUGAGAGCCAAGUUUUAGAUGUAGCACAACGGUUUCAUGACGAGCAGGUCAACGUCUCUUUGAUCGUGGUCGACUUCUUUGCCUGGAAGUUCCAAGGAGACUGGUCGUUCAAUCCGGAAUUCUUCCCCGAUCCUGAAGGGAUGGCUGCCAAAGUCAAGGAGCUGACCGGCGCUGAGAUGAUGGUGUCACUUUGGCCAAGUGUAGAAGAUUUAUCGGAGAAUUAUCUCACCCUCCAGCAUAACGGUCUUCUAGCAACUACUAGAGAUGGUCCAGGCGUACAAGAUUCCUUUGCAGGGGUGUAUACUCGCCUUGUAGACUCAACGAACCCCGCCGCUCGGGAGUUUCUUUGGAGGCGGCUCAACGAUAGCUACUUUUCAAAAGGGAUUCACAAUUUUUGGAUCGACCAAGCGGAUGGCGGCACUCUUGGUGAACCCUUUGAGAACAACGGACAAACAAUCAGAUCGUUGCCUUUCGCCCGUUCUUUCGCCCAGUACUUUAUCGGGACGCAAGAGGGGGCUGGUAAGAUGUAUCCUUGGUUGCAUCAGCAAGCUAUCGAUGAAGGGUUCCGAAACCUUACCACCGCCGAUCAUGGCGCGACAUCCUGCGAGUUCAUGUCCUUAACGCGAAGUACCUUCGUAGGCGGACAAAGGUUCUGUUCUUAUCUUUGGAGUGGGGAUACGGCGAGCCGGUUCGACGUUCUACUGCAGCAAAUUACCGUCGGUACUUCUGUUGCCGCCUCAGGGAUAUCAGCUUGGACGCUGGAUAUAGGGGGCUUUUCUGGUUUGAAUGUUGACACGGACUUGGGCCGUGAACUGUUUGUUCGGUGGCUAUCUAUGGGCGUCUUCCUUCCAUUCAUGCGGGUCCAUGGGCACGUUCAGGCUUUCCUCGCGCCAAAUAUCUUGCCUACAGGCGACUCGCAACCAUUUGCUAACCCUUGUCCCAAUGAACCUUGGUCCUACGGCGAUGCAAACUUUGUUAUAAUCAAGAAGUACAUAGCACUCAGGUACCAGCUGAUUCCCUAUGUGAAACAGUUGUUCAGAAUGCUACAAUCAACGGGGAGAAGUAUCAUGCGACCGCUCUAUUAUGACUUCUCGCUUUCAGACCCUUUUGUGUCUGAGGCUACAGCAGCCAAUGAUCCCCUCGUCGUUCAUCAAUUCAUGUUCGGUCCUCGCCUCCUCGUUGCACCGGUAGGUAUACCCAACACCCUGGUUAAGGAAGUUUACCUCCCACGUCUACCUGAUGCUACUGCUGGACAAAACGUUUCUUGGAAGCAUUGGUGGACCGACAAAGACUUCGGGCAAGGCGGUGCGGCUGUUAAUGUCAGCGCACCCCUUGAUGAAAUCCCUGUCUUCUAUCUCGGAAGCAAGGAUGAGAUUCUGGGCGGCGAUCUGUAA